AUGGAAAGCAUCUAUAAUAUUUCCUCUGUAUCAUCGUAUUCUUCAUCACUUCCAUCACUAAUCAGAGUUUCAUCAUCAGAGUUUUCUAAAUAUCGGGCAAAUGCAUCGCGCGCAUUCGCAGACCCCAACAACACAGAUGCGCUCAACUUUUCUGAAACUGACAUCAUUUGCCCGGGUAAAACAUUUUGCACAGAGGUUCCAAACUAUUUAGAGCGCACGCAGCUACACAAAGUUAGCGGGGAAAAAUUUGCACAAUUCAAAAUGUACUUCAGAGAUGAUUACACAGAGUUAUCCGCGAUGAGUUUAGCUCAUUACACGCAGCUUGAGGAAGAAGACUACUGCGAUUCUCAAACACAGUUGGAGUAUCCCAAAAGCGCGCAAACGAAGGAUUCGAAGUGGGUACUGGUGGUGCAAUAUGGCGACAACAAGCAGGGAAUCUCGAUGGAGCAGUGCGUGUAA